AUGCGUAUCGCGUUGCCAGUCGACCCGGGUCUGAAGACUGCCAGCGAGGUCGCCACAAUAGAGUUUGUCCGCCAGGAAACAGACAUGCCGCUCCCGAACACCCUCGCCUUUGACUGUUCCAAUCAGAACAUUCUUGGUUUUGAAUGGGUUCUCAUGGAGUAUGUACGAGGACGGCCGCUCGAGUCGGGAUGGCGAGACAUACCCAUGUCGAAGAAGGCGGAGAUUUCAGAGUCGGCACGCUACGCUUUAGGCGCCAUGGUGGAAGUCGCAUUCUUUUGGGGCGACAGAGGACAUCAGCGACUCGCACGUGGCCCUUUCAAGAACAGCUAUGAAUGGUUGCUGACUCGACUCAGUCUGGUGAUUGAAGAAAAGGCGAAGAUACUCGCUACGACAAAGGACAAAGACGCCAUGGAGGAUGCUGAGGACUCAAAGUCGAUCGCAGCACAACUGGUUCACAUAUUGCCGUCCAUAAUUCCACCAGAAGACAAUGAGCAGUCAAUCAUCGUCCACAAUGACCUAUCCACGAACAACAUCCUGAUCAACGAUGCUGGAGAUCCGAUCGCCGUUGUGGACUGGGAGUGUGUCUCUGCUCUACCUCUGUUGCGUGCAUGCCAAUACCCUCAACUUCUCACCGGCACAAUCCAGCACAGGAAACCGGAUAUCGAGGAGUAUGGAAUAGGGGACCUGUACUAG